AUGAGUCACGAACUGCGUACGCCCUUGAAUGCGAUUAUCGGGUUUGCCGAAAUUCUGCGGGAUGAACUCGUCGGAAGCAUUAACGCCGAGCAAAAGGAAUGCCUCAAUGAUAUUCAUAUUAGCGGCGAACAUUUGCUCGAAAUGAUCAAUGACAUCCUUGACCUUUCAAAAAUCGAAGCCGGAAAAAUGGCACUCCAAUUAGAGACGUUCUCUAUUGUUGAAGCUGUCGAGGAAGUCAACGCGAUUAUCACCGCACUCGCUGUAAAGAAAGAUUUGGACCUUAUCUUGAACUACAACCAGAAUGGUAUGAUUGAAGCUGACCGAGUUAAAUUCAAGCAGAUUUUCUAUAACCUACUCUCCAAUGCAGUGAAAUUCACGCCAAAGAGCGGUAAAGUAGCAACAGAGUUGGAAGUUGGAACGACAGAACUGCGAGCCGAGGUUAUUGAUACAGCCGAAGAACAAACAGAAACGCAAAAGCGGAUAUUGGUGAUUGAAGACCAAGAGUUGAACCGCAAAGUUGUGCGGAUUGUCCUUCAAUCAAAGGGUUAUACAGUCGUGGAAGCGACUGAUGCUACGGAAGCACUCGCAAGCUUGGAAGACGCAAUACCACAGCUCAUUCUCAUGGAUAUUGCCUUACCCGGACAAAGCGGCGAAGAUUUAACAAGACGGAUUAAAGCGAAUCUGGCGUGGGUAGAUAUACCAAUUAUUGCCCUGACAGCCGCAGCGAUGUCUGGGGACAGGGAACGCAUCCUCAAAGCUGGAUGCGAUGAUUAUCUCAGUAAACCUAUCGACAUCAAGGUCUUAGUGAACGUGUAG